CCAAUCGACCUAGACACCACGCUCGCUGGCGACAGGGACCGUUCUCCAAGUUGGCCCGGGCGGGACGAACGAGUCGCCAAGUCGCAGAGUCUCAUUUUGAGAAAGAUUUUGAGCACAGUGACCGCCUAGUUUUGGCGCGCUUGCAGCCUUCGCCAGCAUGUCGUACGCCGCCCCGGCGAUCCUCCAGAACCCCUGGCAAGUCGUGGAUGACCCGGCGGGCAGACGCUUCUGGCUCAAUUCGACGACGGGCGAGACGCGAGCGCUCACACCCGUCCUAGGCCCUCCGCCAGGCCCUCCGCCUACAGGGUUAGAGGAUGCCGACGCGGCGGCCGCAGCGGAAAGAUACGCGGCCCCUGAGGACGGGGAAGACGGCUUGGCCGCGGCCGUCGCGUCGGCCCGGAUCUCGGACGAGCAGCCGCCACCGCCGCCGCCGCGGCCCGCCCGCUGGACCCGCUACGUCGACGACGCGUCGGGCCGGCCCUACUGGCACGACACCGUGUCCGGCCUGACCACCUGGGACGAUCCCGCCGCGUGCGCGGCCGACGACCACCUCGCGGCCGAGGCGCCCCCCCGGGCCGUGAGCCCCCCACUCCGCGUGACGCUCGCUCCUGACGAGCACGAACAGGAGGUGGAGCGCAAGGUCGUCGAUCUUUUCCUGGAUCCUGCAUACGACGAGCCGAUGAUGAUUGCUGGCUUCCGCACCAGGGGCCGGAGGUGUACACGCCCAUUAAAUUGGUGGUUCGAGGAAGGCUGGUCGAUCGAGCGCGACAUCACGCUGGGCUACCAACGAGGUGGGCCGCCGACGAAAUUCUUCGUGCUCGUCCGCAAGAAGCCGCUCCCGCGCGCGCGGCAGGUCGAUUAG